AAGCUGUCACAAAUUUGAACAAAAUUUGGAGAGCUAAAAUUGUUUAUUGAGAUACUAUUUUAAUUUUUUUAAGUUUUAUUAAACAAGAAAAUGUUUAACUAAAAAUGCUUAUCGGACUUCUGACCACUAUUUUAGUUAUUUGUGAUGUAAAAACAGAUAAAAGCGAACUUCUAUCAAGCAUCGAAUCGAAUUCAAGCACUAUUACUUCGAAGAUCUUUCCACAGUCGCUUCAGUCACCGUUUGAAAAUCUUGCAGAAGUUUUAAAAAUAGAUGUUAAAUCAGAGGUCGUAACCUAUAUUCUUUGGGCUAUUGUGGGGACAAUUUUAAUAACUGGAGUUAUAAUUGUAGCUUGCUGUUGUUGUAUAAAAGUAAAGACAAACUCUAAACUUAUCAGAACUCCAAUCUUUACAAAAUUAAAUAGAAAAUUGUUUAACAUGAAACAUUGCAAAACUAAAAAAAAAAUAAACAACAUUAAUAAAGUUGAAAAAGAAAUCAAUAAAAAUGCAUCGUUGGGUAGUCGAGAAUGUUAUGGAGAUAUUGUGAGAGGGUCUCCUCAUACUUUCUUUGAAUAUGCUACAUUUAAGAUAUUUUAUACGGAAAAUUCAGGUUUUGAAACAUUUAGUAAAAAAAUAUAAUAUUGCUUAAUAGAAUAUUAUUUACAUAAUUUA